GAAUUUUCGUAUAAAAGUAUUCAAAGUCCAUGACCUUUAUCAAAAGCUCGUCGACUUUCAAAGAGGAAAUACAAUCUCUAACAUAAAAGAAAAAUGAGAACACAAGCAGCAAGAGCCUUGUACGCGCUUCUAGCUCUAUCCUGCCUAGGAAGCACAUUAUGUGGCGUCAUAACGAAAAUUGGUAAACCGCUUCAGCAGGCUGGCAACGUUGCCAAUGAAUUGGGUAGCCAAAUACCCAAUGUCGCAAACAUAGAACCCGCCCUCGAUGGCGUUAAUACUGUUAAAGAUGCCGCCAAAGAAGUCGGUGGUAAAAUUUCCGAUCUAAAUCCCAUUGAGAACAUCAUAAGUCCAGUUCCGGAAUUGGAUUUCUUUCAUAAGUUAAUUUCUAUGCUCAGCAAAUUGAUGUCAUCAGUGAACCCCAACCACUCUGAAGAGCACGAGGAAGAUGAUGUGUCAGCUACAGAAGCUACAGAGGAUCCGGUCGAUAAUUCCUCAGAAAUAUCAAGUGAUUCCAACGCCGAUGAGUCAGCAUCAGAGGACCCAGUCGAUAGUUCCUCAGAAAUACCAAGUGAUUCCGAUGCCGACGAGUCAGCAUCAGAGAAAGAGGGCAAUAAUUCCUCAGAAAUACCAAGUGAUUCCGACGCCGAUGAGUCAGCAUCAGAGAAAGAGGACGAUAAUUCCUCAGAAAUAGCAAAUGAUUCCAACGACGAUGAGUCAGCAUCAGAGAAAGAGGACAAUAAUUCCUCAGAAAUAGCAAAUGAUUCCAACGACGAUGAGUCAGCAUCAAAGGAAGAGGACGAUAACUCCUCAGAAAUAUCAGGGGAUUCUGACGACGCUGAGUCAGCAUCAGAGAAAGAGGACGAUAAUUCCUCAGAAAUACCAAAUGAUUCCGACCAAGAUGAGCCAGCAUCAGAGAAAGAGGACGAUAAUUCCUCAGAAACACCAAGUGAUUCCGACGACGAUGAGUCAGCAUCAGAGGACCAUGACAAUAAUUCCUAAGAAAUAUUAGGGAUUCCAACGAUGCUGAGACAGCAUCAGACAAAUGGGUCGUUAUUUCCGAAUAGUUAAUGUGCUUAUUAGCCUAACCUUAAGCAAUAAUUCUCCGUUAUUGAUAUU